GCGGGCGGCGGCCCGUGACCGGCGCCGUCCGCUGCCGUCCGUGGCGGGCGGCGGCCCGUGACCGGCGCCGUCCGCUGCCGUCGUGGUGGGCGGCCCCCUGACCGACGCCGUCCGUGGUGGCCGGCCCCCUGACCGACGCCGUCCGUGGUGGGCGGCCCCCUGACCGACGCCGCCCCUGACCGACGCGCCGCGCCCCUAGCUUGCUGCCGCCCCUGUGAAGCUUCGCCACCGGAGCCAAGCGCCGGAUCUGCCAAGCGUCGCCGCCCGUACCAUCCGCCGGCGCCGCGUCUCCUUCUCUCAAAGGGUUAUCAAUGAGAAGUUCACCACAAGGAUCACUGGUGAGCAAGUUAAGAAUCAUUUGAAAACAUGGCAGAAAAGGUAUGCAAAGAUAAAUAGAUUGAAGAAGUUGAGUGGUGCCCUCUUUGAUGAAGAAAACUGCAUGAUUACACUAGAUGAGGAGCACUACAACGGCCAUGUCCAGGAUCACAAGUCUGAUGCUGAGUACUUGAACAAGCCCCUCUUGCACUAUAGAGAGAUGACGGCAAUAUUUGGCAAUACAAUGGCUACUGGAAAUUUUGCAAAAGACUCAAGUGCACCUCUAGGUAGAGAGGAUGAUGAGGGUGAAAGUCAAGAAGAGGGGGAUGAGGUUACUGGGCAUGGUCCAAGUGAGGGGCAUACCACUCAAGGGGCAACGUCUUCUGCUAGUAGACCUAGUAAGAAGUCCAAGAUAGCUGAAAUGGAGGAGGAUGGGCUGGUUGCCGCCUUCAAAAGUGUAGGUGAGAACCUUGCCGCUGCCAUAAAAAUGGUAGCUAAACCUGAUAAUGAGCUGCCACCUGACCUAUUUGAUGUCUUGAACCAACUUCCUGGUUUUAAUUCAGCACACAUAUCCUUCUACUAUGCUCAUUUGGUGAGCAAUCCUCACAUUGGCAAAGCUUUCUAUAACUUGCCAUUCGAGCACAAGUUAAAUUGGGUCACAAUGUUCAUCGCUGAGAAGUUCCCUGGAAUGUAAGAGUGAUUUCAAUGAGUAGGAUGUUUCUUUUGUUAAAACUUGAUCAUGAAUUAGUGUCUAAGUUCUGAAUUUAUAUUAUGUAAGCUUCAACUUGAUGGCUGAUAUUGUAUUGCCUUGAACUUGGUAUAUGUAAGGCUAUCACUGGCCAUUGACGUUGCUCAAGACUGAUGAACUUUUGGUGUAUGUAUGUAAGGCUUGAACUUGGUAUAUGUUGUUAUUUUCAUCCA